AUGGCUGAUUCAUCAUCAUCUUCGGGUUCUGCAUCGGAUCUAGAGCCUACCGAUCCUAGCAUGUACAUCAUACCUGGGCCUUAUAAAUGGAACGUCCUUCGUAAGAGGACACAGAGUGGCCAUAUUUCACAGAAAGUGUGGAAUACGAAACAUGUGAGGAGACUGAAAACCAGGCGUGGGAGACCACCAGGGGGGCCACCUACCGGCGCUAUUCCAGAGGUGGUCACAGACUACCUUACACAGGCUGGAUUUAUACAUGUUGCCCGCAUGCGACAUAUCCAGGAUGUGGCCGGCAUAUUGGGAUUGCCUACUGAUGGCAUUGUCGUAACCGGAUCUAUAUCCGAGGAUUGGCCCACUGUUUGUGCUGCUGUUUUUGGCGCGGUUCCACUGGCCAGUGAGUUUCAUCAUUCAGGUGACCUCCGCAUCUCAUUCUUGGAUCGGUUAUAUACCCGGUGGACUAAUCAUGUCGGGGAUCAUGAUCGCGAGAUAUAUUUCACAAAGGCGCACAUUGCCCGCAUGUUGGGGUGUUGGUUGCUGGUGGACAAGUCUGGAGGUAGCAAUAUCGGUUGUCGGCUAGUCCCGUUGCUUGGGGGAGGAUUUGAUGAGAUUGGCCGUUUUAGCUGGGGAUCUGCGGUUCUGGCACACUUGUUCAGGAAUUUGUUCGAGUGUACAGAUGCCGGUCGAUUUGACAUGGGUGGUUGCCAUAUUCUUCUUCAGAUUUGGGCAUGGAUACGAUUCUCACCCAUUGCUCCACUUCUUCCUCCUCAUCCAGAGCCUAGAACGCAUUAUGGAUGCCGGUAUGCUUUAUUAAAUUCAUUCGAUUUCGCUAAUGAGUUAUCGGCAUAUAUAUGGCCCCCUUCAAAACCCUGUUCACAGAUUCUGCCAAGUUUGUUGUCAUAUGCUCGUACCUGCGUCCUUCAAGAUCGUAGGCACGCGACCACUUUUCCUUAG